GGUAUCACGAGUUCACUUUCUUUUGUGGUGAACGCACGGGCAGGUGGGGCACUGCUUUAGGCCACCGUAACUGCAGUCAGGCGCACAUGUGGCUUGAACUGUCUUGUAUCGUUUGUGUGUCCGCCGUCAUCUACGCGCUUUACUGCAAGUCAUCUCCUAGCGUUCCCAAUUCGAGCCUUUCGCUCAUCAUGACCCUGAGCUCAAUGACAAGUGACGACGGGGGACUAGCGCCACGUGGGGUGCAUCCGGCAAGACCAGGACAGGUCCGAUCAGCAGAAAACCCUUCCCUGGAGCGCGGCCGACCGGCGCAGAACCGCUCGAAUUUGUCGACGAUGGUACGCGGCACUAGAAGGCGUCGGCAGCAGCGGCCCAGUCCGCCGCCCUACCCGCCUCCCGAAGACGCCGUUGGAAGGCUGGAGAGGGUGCACAGGGACUUGCGAGACAUGUACGUCCGUGGCAUGCUCCCGGAUGCCGCUGUCAGGGACUUGCCGAACCUCUUCCGAGCACUUGGAAUCAAUAUGGAACUGGACGUGGAAGCCAUACUUGGUACCAGAAGCAACAAUCUUCCGGACUGAUACCCUGGUCAGUUUCGGUUCACGGUAUCGCCCGAGUCCUCUGUUUUUAGAGAUCUUAAGCAAUGUUGUCUGGUGUCGUGAUCUUGCUGUGUAUCAUCAUCUGUUCAUGUUCUUGAGACGGCCGCCUGUUAUGCACCAGUAGGUGGCUCUUGUGUGCAAGUGUGGAAUCAUAAAGUGAACGUGUCAUUUUGUCGGGGGACAUUUCCGAAAAUAUUGGCCAGUCAUUUCGCUCGGCUAACUUGUGCCCCGAGUCAGAUCGUGUUGUUGAUGCAGGUCAAGAUGAUUAUAUUUUAAAAGAACUACAUAAUGCCGCGUGUAUGUAUGUUUUCUAAGCUGACCCUUGUUUUCCGACGGCGGACACUGCUUUGAAAUAAAGGUAGAAUCGACUUUU